AUGUCCCGCUACGGCAAUCUUAUCUCUUCUUCUAUCCCGCAUCACCACCACCAGCAACACUCGGCACAGACCUCUCAACGCCCGCCAAGUGGUUCUAGGUCCUCGCUAUCUUCCAGAGAUGACCUCUCUUCUCAGCGUUAUGUCUUGGCCCAACCGGAUGGCGUUCAGCCUCUGACUGAUCAGAAAACCGCUAGCAACGAAUACAUAUACCCUGACUUUUUCCCAUGGCGGAAAACCGCGCAGGAAGACGACAUUGUCGUUAAACACCUCCACAAGGGCUAUGCUGUCCCUCCUCACUUUGUCGAUGAAUACCUAUCUGCUCGCAACCCAAUGACUUCCAUUCUCCACCAAGCUCCAUCCGUACUCGCUCUUUCUUAUCUCAUGUCUAACGCUAUGAAGGUCCGCGAACGUGCGCACCGCUUCACCUCUUCUUCUACCUUCAAGCCACCACCUCGAUUCACUCUAACCGAACAAAAAAAAGAAGCUUGGCUUCGCGACCUGGCGAAUCCCACAAUUCCACUUCGCAAGCUUUCACGUACAAUCCCACACGGAACUCGCAAUAGGUCGCUUCUCGAGCAGUGCUGCAACAAAAAUAUUCCAAUAUCCCGAGCUGUCUGGUUUGCCCGUUGUGUAGGCGCUAACGAACUACGAGGACUUAAACGAAAAGGCGCAGCUGCUGUGGCUUCUUCAACAGGAUCUUCAUCUUCUUCAUCUUCUAUAAACCCUCAGUCUUCUGAAGCUGCUUGGAUCCGCGAAUGGACCGAACAAGUCACCGAGUACAUUGAAAAAAUAAUACGGGAUUUCCCGUCAAAAUCAAGACAGCAACAAUCACAACAGCCCAUUACCAUUACCACCGCCACUACCACAACAACAAUACUAACUUCAUCAUCUCCUAAUGAAACUUCCGCACCUUCUCCACAUAUCAUGACUUAUUCAUCUCCAUCUCCUUCUGCAAGGCCUAUUGUGGCUUCUCCAUCAACUUCAUCUCCAAGUGCUUCUUCUCCUUCUUCUAUACGUCCAACUACAUCCUUCACUUCUCUAAAACAGCAACCACCACUACCAUUACCACUACCACCACCAGCCACAACGUCAUGGAAAGCUAAACUAGAAUACAUGCUGCGUCUCUCUGAAUACCUCUUUGCUGAAGACCUCUUAGAUAAAUCUCUUUUCCUCAAAUGGUGUAUUUCUUUUUUUGAGUUUUGCAGUAUCCAGGAACUCCCAUCAGCACUUCUCUUCCUUAAACCCUUUUGGAACAGUAUCCUCCGUUCUCCAGCUCUUUCAAGAACUCUUGCUCUCGCUCUUUUUAAACGUUAUGCAGCUGUCUCUAAAGAUCUCGAGCUCGCGCACCACCCCGUUUGCAUCUACAUCCUAUCUCAAAUAGCAGAUUAUGUCAAAACCCUCUUUAUUCUUACCCCAGACAUAUUCGUCAUUCCAGCCCAUUGGAAAUCAAUAGGCCCAGUUCUUUCCCAAAUCCUAAAAUCAAACUCUUCCCCAAUGCACGGGAAAGAACUUGAAGAACUUUUUACUUUUAUAUCCACCCGCAACGAAAACCUCAUUAUUGCAGACUCCUCUCAUGUAAGGGCUCUGCGAAAUCCCCAUUUCCUCGUCAUUGACGCUCUCGAUCGUGCUACUCUCCCUUUUGACUGGCAUGCCAUUUCCCAAAUCGUCACUUCUAACAACCUCUCCGAGCACAAUAUACUUCACACAGCAUUUGAAUGGGCUACCACCACUUCCCGCAUCGGAUCUGGGCGUUUAUAUGCAUGUCUUUCUCUCGUUUCGUACUGGCGAAGCCCACCAUACCAAUGGGACGUUUCCUCUGCCUUUAUGGACUUUUUGGAAUCAAUUAAAAGUGCCUCCGAUUACGACAUGAACAAUGUGUACGAUCUCAUCACAGAGUUUUUGGACCGCGAUUGGUUCUGCAUUUCGACCUACCUGCGACGUCUAAUUUCCUCGGGUGUUCUUUUCAUACCGCGAAUGCGCAGCCUGGCCCAAGCACAGUUCCAAAUUGUAGCCAAUCUGCCUGCCCAAUUUUUCCCAACUGACGUUCGGAACCAGCAAAUCAUGCUACUAAAAAGUCUCGAUCUUUACGAUGACCAUGCAGAAACUUUAAAAUUACAAAACGUGUCACAACUUUUGCUGAACAACCUCGAUUUCUUAUCACCAGAUUAUCUACUCUUUGAUUCUUACGAAUCUCGCGAAUAUAAUGAACUUUCCAGAAUUGUCUGCGACCAAAUCUCGGAACUUACUCGUGGUAGCCAAAUCGAGCUUUCCCUUUGGAUUGUCAAUCUUCUUUUCGAACAACUCGACCGCGGCUUUGUUCCAACAAUUUCUCAAUUCUCCCUAUUGCAAAAUACUUUUGAAGCUUUGAGAGACCCCAAGAGCUUAUAUCGUGCUAUUGAAGCAAUUAUACCAAAAAUAACCUCGAAACCUGACCCUCUCUUUGCCGAUUCUGCGCCUACUUUUCUGGGCUUUUUGGCAACAUCGAUCCGUGAUAAUCUUUUUUCUUUUUCUGCAAUCGCCGAUGUUAAUCAAAUCAUUUACCUACUUGUAGUCCAAUACAAAAGCCUCAAGAAUAACCGCAACAUGCCUAGAGGUCUUUGGGAUUUGGUUCAAUACGCUUGGUACUGCAUCCAACUAUGGUACUCGCAAAAUAGCAGCAAGGUCUACGGAAUCUCCCCCGAUGCAGCCCCCAAUAUCAACAUUGAUCUUCGAAACGAGCUUGAGGAUUUGCUAAAACCAGGAGGCCCGGGCCCAGGAACUGGCCCAAAUGUCCCUGCAAUUAACACUCUAUCACCAAUGUCAGACUUUGUUCCGGAUUCAGUCACUUCCGCAGCAAACAAUGAGCUCAAUGAUCUUUUUGAGUCCGAUGACACGGUCGACUUACAAAACAUGGCGUUUGAUUCCACCUCGGUACCCAAAUACUUCUCUACAGUUAUUUCCAAGUUCCUCGACGCCUGCGGCUAUUCCCAAGAUUCAAAUACUCCCAAACCAUGUGAUCCCAGCGAGAUUCGUCACUACAUUAAAAUACUGCAGCGGUUGCGCGAGGCUGAUGUUGUAACCUUCAACAAGACAUUGGUGAAAUGGCUACUGGAAAAAACUGAAGUGUCUCUAAAGUACCCACUGCCAACAAACCUGGCCUACAACCCACUCGUCAUGAAACGCGUCAUGCUUUUUCUCAUUGUCUAUGACUGUAUCUCCCUCGUGGCUCUUGCAGACAUGUUUUACCAAAGGCAAACCCAGCUCGAGCAUCAGUACUCACAAGCAUUGCAACUGUAUCAGCAGCAGUACGCGCACGCACAUGGACCUGCAGCGUCUACGCAAAACGCCCUUCACCAAAUCCAUUUGCAAAGUCACCAUCUCGACCGCCAAAACUCAAGUGAAGCCCAAGACUUGCAGGACACGCAGCAAGACCCGGCCUCGGACCAAGCGCUGCAGCUCAUCAAACCUGCUGAGCUACCUGCUCUUGGACCGAUGCGUCUACUGCUCGACCUUGUUUCAGUCAAGUUUGUCAAUGACGAGCAGUUCCAGCUCAAGGCUUCUGAGAAACUUGCUCUCAACAUGCACAGACACAUUUUUCAAAGAGCAAAUCCUGUUUUGUAUGUCAAAUUCAUUGUGCACGAAAUUAUUCGAGGUUCCAGUUCAGGCUCCAUGCUCGACGAAAAUGAUGCCUCGUUUUCGGAGAUUUCAUCUUUCCUGCUUUGGCUUUCUAUCGCCGACAUUGACAAGUUCAUCGAAUUUUUCACAGAGCCCAUUAUCAAAUCCGGAAACGAAAGGGCAAUCGAAGUGUCUAACAAAAUUACGGCACACUUGCUUCAAACAACAACCACAACAAAGAUUCCUAAAUCCACGGAAGCUGACAAUAUCACCGACGUGGCCUCAGAACUCGUCAAGCUUGCAGCCAUUUGUAACGAUUUCAACAUUCACCUGUGCCAGGCCCAUUUUCAUACGGUGUUGUACAUUCUUCAGGCCAGAAUCACCAAACCUCUUCCCAACCCGCGACUCCAGCGGAAACCCCAACCCGAGGAGUUUUACGACCAAGCAGUGGCCCAGAUUCUACAGCUUAUUACAGUCAACACAGCACUGAUUGAAAAGUACGAACCCCGCACUAUUGGCGAUAUUAUCGUCCACCUGUCGCUGCCGUUCAAAAGUAGACUACUACACCGUGCAGAGCUUGCUUUUUUCCAAAAAUCACUGGACUAUGAAGACAAUGGCACCCAUUCACAGUUGGCCUAUCUCUUUGAACUCAUCGACGCAAUUGCAGACUCGUCCCAGGUAAACACUCUUGCAACAAACCGGGUAGAGUUUGCAGACUUUUUAGGUCGCAUAGUCAUGGCUGCCGAUUUGUUUUUCCCAACACAAACCCUGUCCAAAAAGGGAAAAGAAGAAAAUGAUGACGAAGAAGAAGAAGAAGGCCCCAUGCGCAAAUCGAUUUUGCUUCUUGGGAAAAUCAUUAUGAUUCACAGCACAGCACUGGCCAGUGCCGAAGACUCGCGCGGGCUUGUCGGAAUGAUACUUUCUGGACUUGCGCGACUCUUGCACUCGCAGUAUAUACAACAUGACAAGAAAAACCUUUCCGGGUUUCUUUUAGAUGUGGCCAAUGCAGUGCGAACCUCUGCCACCGGACUCAGCACAGCCAGCAACAGUGGUCCUGGCGCUGAUGACGACGCGCACCCGGACGUUUGCAGCCGCCAGGGCAGCACUGUCAGCAGUCCUGCAGCCACCGUUGGCGGGGUGACUCCUGGUGCGACCUCGGCCGUAGUAAACCCAGGACUUUCAUCACGGUUUGGCAUAGACCCGUCGUCGGUAGCUAACUCGCCAGUCGCAUCUGGACCAGGUGCAGGAACAGCAAUGCCUUUGUCUGCAAACACUACGUCCAACAGCUCUGCUAACACACCUGCGCGGCGCAUGUCGCUUUCUAUGUCAGCGGGCAGCGCAGUAAUGGCAUCAGGAUCGGGUACUGAGAUGAUGUUUCUAGACGGCAGCGACAGCGGUCAUGGGUCUGUUACUGGGGGCCCGCCAGACCGUGGGGUUUAUGCGCUCGAGCGGCAGUACCAGCAGCAAGAACUUUUGCGGCGACUGUACUUGGAAGAAGUUAACAACCACGACACGUAUCUUGCGGAUCUGAUGCUGUUUCAUCGUGCGACCAACCGACGCUCGGAAAUGAAUGUGCGCGCGUUUGAUUUGCUGGAAGAUAGCAGCACCAAGAUGCAAGCUAACGAUGUGGCUAUUAAUCUGCAACUGUUUGAUGGCAUUGUGGAAAAGUCCAAUCCCAAGUAA